UUGAGUUACGUAAUCGCGCAUCGGGCAUGUCUGAAAUGGAAAGAAAUACAACAAAAUUCGGUGGUUCAGCGCUUUCACGUUCACGUAGCGCACAAAGCUUGAAAAUGUUGGGUGACAGCGCCACACAGGAUGAUAAAAUGACAAUACUGGCACAAUUAUUUUGGCUGUCUGUUUCUCUCCUGGAGAGCGAUUAUGAACAUGAAUUUCUUUUGGCGGUGCGUUUAUUAACACGUGUGCUGCAUCGCUUGCCUCUUGAUCGUCCUGAUGCUCGUGAUAAAGUUGAAAAGUUGCAACAGCAACUCAAAUGGGCGGGAUAUCCAGGAGUUCACGCGCUUUUAUUGAAGGUAAAAACAG